AUGCAUGGAGCGCAAAUCCGCGUCGCCGAAUUCCCACUCCAGGAGGAGGAGGAGCAGCAGCAGCACCGCGAAGGUGGGCAGCCUUCUGCAGCGUGUUUCCCUUUCACGACCAUCCAGCAUCUCACUACGCAGCACGAAUAUCCCCACACAUUUCACACCAUGUCGCACGCUCAAGACCCCACCAUCGCAGACGAAGAGCUCGCCACCACGGCCACCGCCGGGUACAAGGUGGGAGAGAAGAAGUCGCUCGCCGAGUAUUCGCAGCUCGAUGCCGAAGACGAGUCGCUGGCCAGGUGGAAGGCGAGCUUGGGUAUCGGCGCCUCCACUGGCGCUGUCGACCCAAAUGCCCCCAAGCUCUCGCUGCAUGCGCUCUCGCUAGUCUCGUCGAGCGCACCGGGCGGCAGCGUGUCGAUCAACCUGCAGCAGUCCAAGGAGCAGCUGGCGCAGUUCAAGCAGAACCCGCUCAACGUCAAAGAGGGCGUCGAAUACAGCGUCAAGAUCCGCUUCAGCGUAGGCAGCGACAUCCUCUCGGGCCUCAAAUACGUCCAGGUCGUCAAGCGCGCCGGAAUCAAGGUCGACAAGAUGGAGGAGAUGAUUGGCUCGUACGGCCCGCGCGCCGAGCCCUACGAGAAGACGUUUGCAUCCAGCGAGGCACCCAGCGGCAUGAUGGCGCGAGGCAACUACAGCGUGCGCAGCCGCGUGGUCGACGACGACAACAACGUCUUUGCCGACUGGGAGUGGGCAUUCAAGAUUGCCAAGGACUGGUAA